UUGCGGCCAUUUUGUCGGAGCCAAUUGAGGCUCGCUGUAUUAAAACGUCUACACAAAAAUGACGGCUAGACUGUAGACAGAGAGCUGGGAGUUUGUCUAUUUUUGAGAGAAGAUGGCUGGACAGGAUGGUGUUGCACCUGCAGAAAAAAAAAUGAAAAAAAAUGUAGGAUGUGCUAAAAUAAAGCGGAAACAAGAAAACAGUGAUCAUUCCAUUGUAGAUGUCGUACCAAAAUUAGGGCCUUCUAAGAAGCAGAGGAGAAAGAAAGAAGAAACUGAAGAGAAAACCGAAGGCCAGAAUGCUGAAGAAGAGUCUGUGAUCACGAAACCUGAUAAAAAACUUCAGAAGACGCAGAGGAGAAAAAAAGAUGAAACUGCGAAUACUGAAUACCUAUCUAUAAAUGAGGAAGCAGGCAAAUCGAAGGGGGCUAAAAUAUCUAAGAGAAAGAAAAAUGAGACAAAGAUAUCGAAGAGUGAAAAGACCAAGAAAGUUGAAGAAAGUAUUGAAGUCACAGAUCUAAUACCAAGACGUCUACAGCUUUGCUCAACUUCCAAAAAGUAUGUCGGCGCUCAUGUUUCCAUUCAAGGUGGACUGUGGAAUGCUGCAUUGGAGGCAGGUCGCAUUGGUGCAAAAGCAUUUGGUCUGUUUCUGAGGUCACAGAGGAUGUGGAGCGGCAAGCCUCUAGAGAAAAGUGCUGCUGAGAAAUUUAGAGAAACUUGUAAAGAGUUUGGGUUUGAUGCUCGCUUUAUACUGCCCCAUAGUCCUUAUCUUAUGAAUCUGGGCUCACCAAAACCAGAUGUACGUCAGAAGAGUCGUGACAUGUUAGUUGAUGAAUUAAGCCGGUGCCAUCAACUGGGCCUUACAUUAUACAAUAUCCACCCUGGAUCCCAUUUAGGAGAAAUGCCUGUAAACAAGUGCCUUGAGCUCAUUGCUGAUGGCAUUAACCAUGCGCACUCACAAGUGCCUGACAUCACAGUGGUGCUGGAGAAUAUGAGCUGUCAAGGUAGCACAGUUGGCGGUCGCUUUGAGGAGCUGCAUGGAAUUAUAAACCUUGUCAAAGACAAGACUCGAAUUGGCGUGUGUCUAGAUACCUGUCAUGCUUUUGCUGCUGGUCACAACUUGUCAGAAGAAAAAGGCCUCAAGCAUAUGCUAGAUGAGUUUGAUAAAGUUGUUGGGCUCUUAUACCUCAGAGCAGUUCAUCUUAAUGACUCUAAAGGUAAGGUUGGCUGCCGACUUGAUCGCCAUGAAAAUAUUGGCCAAGGUCACAUUGGUGUAAUGGGGUUCAGACAGGUUAUGAAUGAACCACGCUUUAAUGAAAUUCCUAUGAUCCUCGAGACACCAUACACUGCUGAUUUUGAUGAGAUUGAACUGCUGUAUUCGCUGUGUGUAGAGGGCGCGACCACAAAACGUAAUACCAAGAAACCAUCUUCUACAAUAGGGCCCAUAUAAUAGUACACAACAAUCUGAAAAUUCUGUGCUGCAGGUUUACCUAACCUGUAACUUAACAGUUGUUAUAUUUUGUUAUUGAACAAGAAAUCAAACAUUCUUAUUAUUGAAUAUACUUACCAGGUGCAUUGUGGAUGUCCAGCUGAGACAACAAUACAAUAGUUGCUCCUAGGUCUUAAAGGAUAACUACUUUUAGCAAAUGUAUCCUUUAAAUAUCUCUCUUCGUCCCAUUUCUUUAUACUUACCCGUCUUAAUGUGAACCCUGUUGGGAGCCCCACAGCUUCUCCACUAAAAGUCCCCUAGCCUGGUUCUGAUUUCAUUCUUAAUUCAUUCCUUUGGCAAGGCCAUCACCUAUUUGUCCCAAGGGUGGACAGAUUUUAGGAAUGAAAGGAGUUUGUGGCUCCCAGCAGGUACAAGAUAACCUCUUGGAAAAGUGGUGACAUGUUAAGGAGACCGGUCACCCCUGCCUUGUUGUUGUGCACUGGGUGACCGGUCGCCCCAUUACCCAGUUCAGUAACCUCCCCUCUCCCAGCCUCUCCCUUUUCUGCCCCUCUGCUCAGCACAACAUCAUUCCUCAGUUCGUUGUUGCAAAGGUACUGAGAAUGCCAUCAGCAGACUUUAUUGUCAUUGCUAGGGCAGACUGCAAAACAGGAGCCAGGAGGGCAGGACAAAGAUAAUUUUUUUAUUAAAGCAAGGUAAAGUAAUGUGUGCUUUUAAAUACUUUUUUUUCCGCAAGACGGAAAUGUUAAAUAUAUUCGCAAACAUGCUGAGAGCAGGUGCAUGACCCUCCCCUUUCACUGACAACACAGCUUCCUACCAGCUCUGCUCAGACUCCCAAGUCCCUGAGGAUGGACUGCAUGUACAAAGCCUGAGGGCUCUUGGGUGUAGUUAUUCAUAAGAAAUUCAUCUUUUAACUGUUGUUAAAAUAAUCUGAUCAACAAAAGAGAUAUUAGCGGCCACCAGGAGGAGGAGUCUGCAGGGCACCCAGCCUCACAUCUUAAUCAUGUAGGGGCCUUGCUGAUCCCUCCCAUAUGUCGAUUGAAAAAAACAAAAGAGCAAAUAAUUCACAAAUGUGUAAAGUAAUAAUUUUGCGCACAGACCUAAAAAACUUAAGCAAGCUAAAAAUGCUUAAAGUGCCAAAGAACUGUGUGCUGCACUAAUAAAUGUGAUACUCCAUAUCAUAUAGGAAUCAAACAACAACAAAAAUUAAUAUUUACUUACAUACUUCAACAGUGUAUCAAUAUAAAUGUGAAACAUCUCCAAAAAUACCUUUUGUGCAAGUCUGUGACAAAAAGAUUAAAACAGUCCAAACCACUUGUGAGUUAAUAUAACUUACUCUCCACGUGAGACCUUCGUUGACCCCUCUCGGACACACGCUCGCCUUACUUAUUUGACCCUUAUCCUAAAGGUAAAAAAUAAGCAUGUUUCUUUAAAUCCAGGCACAGUAUAAACCAAGUUCAAGUCAAUGGAACCAGCAUUGUCCCUCAUUGAUAAGAAAGCCCCAUACACACUAUUCUAUUUUCUGCAGAUUUUUGUCUUAAGGUUUGAUUUCAUAUUAUCAGGCAGGUCCUUGAACUACAUAGCUUUGGUAAAUCUGAAGACAAAAAUCUGCAGAAAAUCGAAUAGCGUGUAUGGGGCUUCAGUGUGUACUUCUCUCCAGGACCAGAAAUGAGGUGGAUUGUCCUACCCAGGCACUCUGAUGCAUAGCAUGCCAUAAAGCUCAAGGAAAACAAAGGACGGACAUAGUGCUCACCUACAAAUAUUUAAUAAUAUCAUAUUUAAACAUUUAAUAAUUAAAACCGAAUAAAGUAAUGCACUCAUAUAAACACAGUAGAAAAAGCCUCUGUCGGGACAUAAAGCCAGGCAGCACUGUCCUUGUAUAUUUCUCAAUAGAAUGCCUACAAGCCCAGCAGCAUAACUCAUCCAGCCCUCUUAUUUUUUGAGUUAGUUUGCAUCAACAGUGUAUCAAUAUAAAUGUCAAACAACAUUUUUUUGUUGUUUGAUUCAUAUAUAUGGAAUAUCAAAUGUUGGGGCAUUUAUUAUUAGCACAUCAUAUAUUCAACAAUUCUAUAGUAAUUCAUAAAUAUGUUUGGUCACACUGAUCUAAUUGUUUUAAGUUUAUUGUCAGUGCCUUUGUAUGUUGCUUUUCUAGAAGGGUAUUUUUGUAUAAUUUGUUAAAUAAAUAUAUUUCAUUUAC